AAGCGAGUUCCGGUGAAUAUCAAAUUUCUGCUUGUUCUCCUGUUCACCGAUGAAUUUCGCUGAUAAUUUACACAAAUGGCCGAGUAGGAUGGAUCUGGUGAGUGUUCCGGGGUUCUAAUAGUUCACGCUGCUCGAUGAACGGGGAUGAAGGCGCUUUAGUGCUGCUGAAUGCGCUGUUUGAAUGAGUUUAAUCUACGGAAGGACUUCGGGAACAAACUGCCCCAGGCUCUGUCGACAAACACUAAACUGCCCCAGUCUCUCUCCUCUAGCGCCAAAUUUCUGCCCUCAGGCCCGUUUGAGCACUACGGCCGCCCGCUGGGAGUCAAAGUCAAAGAGGAAGACGAGAGUGUGGAGGAUUUCUUUCAUUUCGCUCAGCACCUGCAGCAGCAGACCGGAGAGUGUCUCACGGCUUGCUGCGGUGGCUCCAACCCUAAAAGCCUGUCUCUCUCGGAUCCGGUCAAAAGCAGCGGGCGUCCCUCGGCGGACCGUCCGUAUCACUGCCAGGACUGCGGCAAGUACUUCCGCAUCAACGACAUCAAGCGGCACCAGCGCAUCCACAGCGGAGAGCGGCCCUUUCCCUGCUUCCAGUGUGGCAAGAACUUCCCCACGUCUGGGGACCUGAAGCGGCACGAGCGCAUCCACACGGGCGAGCGGCCCUACCACUGCCUGCAGUGCGGCAAGAACUUCUCUGACUCGGGCCACCUCAAGCAGCACGAGAGGAUGCACACGGGCGAGCGGCCCUACCAGUGCCCGCAGUGCGCCAAGCGCUUCUACCGCUCCGGAGACCUGAAGCGGCACCUGAGGAUCCACAGCGGAGAGCGGCCCUACAAGUGCCUGCAGUGCGGGAAGACCUUCUCCGACUCCGGGCACCUGCGGGGCCACCAGCGCAUCCACACAGGCGAGCGGCCCCACCGCUGCACGCUCUGCGAGAAGAGCUUCUUCCGCUCGGGCGACCUGAAGCGGCAUCACAGAACGCACACGGGCGAGCGGCCCUACCAGUGCUUCCAGUGCGGGAAGAGCUUCUCGGAGUCGGGCCACCUGAAGGAGCACCGGCGGAUCCACACCGGAGAGAAGCCCUACCACUGCAACCAGUGCGACAAGAGCUUCUCGCGGCUGGAGCGGCUCAAGGGCCACCAGAGCAUCCACACGGGCGAGCGGCCAUUCCACUGCUCACAGUGCGGCAAGAACUUCUUCCGCUCGGGCGAGCUGAAGCGGCACCAGAGGAUCCACAGCGGCGAGCGGGCGUGAGACCGCGGCCUUCCUCCUCGUGUCCUGGUAGAAGUCGUUAUAAAUGUGUUCGUCGUUGUCGUAGACCGUAUGAAGCGCUACCUCUGCACGCCUCGCCCUGAUCUCGCCCGGCUGACUGAUGCUCAUCACACUGUCCGUAUGUCGUUGAGAAAUAUAUAGUCCAGUGACUCUGUAUAUUGUACAGGAGGAUAUUAUUACUGUGUGUGCUCACAUUCCUUGUAUUUAAUGAACCUCCCUCAAACUGUCUGUGGUUAUGUUUUCUUUCUUUUUAUAUAAACCGAACUGUUUUACUGUCGACGUGAGCGGACGCCGCUGAAGCGCUUCUCGAUGCGAGCGUCUGUGUGUUUUACUAGCUGCUGCAAUGAAACACAGAAUUACACAGUUAUUGUUUCACCGUAACAUCAUUAACUGUCAUAAAAGACAUUACAGCGUAUAGAUGUGCUCUAAUAACCGUUUGUGAUCAAUUUCUGAGCACCAGGUGAUUAAUGUAGAAACUGAGCUCAUGAACCAUAUUAGAUUUACCUUUUAACUUUUUAAAACUAGCUCUUUGCAUUUACUAUUGUUUAGAAUCGUCCUCUAUUUUUACUUUCUAUUAUGUAUUUAACCACCAGUAGCUCAGAAGCUUUUUUUUAUAUAUAAGAGGUGUGUGCAGGAUUGAAUUAUAGUUGUUUGGGUUAUUCAUGUGCAUGAAUGUUUUCUUCAUAUGUGUCAUCAUCCUUAAUAAACACUUCACCUCUAAUUACAGCC